AUGAAUGUUUCCCGAGGAGGUGGAGUUCUAUUAGCAGCUCGUCAACCAGUUGCAGUCUAUAGUUUAGAUUUGUCAUCAAAAGGCUUUAAUGACUUACAGUUUACAGACUUAUUAGGUGUCAAAUGUUCGUUGGGACAGGUAUCUUUAUACAUUUUUGUGGUUUAUAUUCAACCGGGCGCAUGUACUGAUGAAUUUGAAUUGUUAUUCGACUUACUUGGGAACUUGCCUGAUCUUUACAAUCGAAGAGUUAUUAUAAUAGGAGAUUUCAAUAUUUCGGAUUAUGAUUUUACUUCUUCUAGAGCUAGCAACUGUAGCAGAAAAUCUUCUAUUCUUCAAAAUUUUCUACAAUUUGGCGAGUAUCAGCAGUAUAAUAAUAUUGGCAAUAUUAAUGGUCGUUGUCUCGAUCUCGUAAUCUCCAAUUUCAAUUGCACUGUACAAAAAUCUGCUGACCCUAUGUUGAAAGAAGAUAACCACCACCCAUCCCUCCUAAUUACUUCCACCAUACGUGAUAAUAAAUUGAAACAUAUUAACACCAAUAAUUCCCAGCCGAAACAGUGGAACUUUCGGAAAGCUGAUUUCCCGAGCUUAUAUAAAUCUAUAAAUGAUACUGACUGGUCUAGUCUUAAGAAUAUGCACAAUGUCAAUACUGCGUGCUCGUAUCUGUAUGACAAGAUAAAUACUGCAAUCAACUCGCAUGUACCAAAAUCUAGUUAUAGACGUAACUCAAAUUUUCCAUCCUGGUUUACUCCAGUUAUUAUUGGUAAGCUGAAACGCAAGUGGAAGUUAUUACGUAAAUUCAGACAAACUGGGAACACGGAAACUCAUGAUGAGUUUAAAAUAAUUAGAACUGAAAUUAAGAAGGACGUUAAAACAGCAUAUAGUAGUUAUAUAUUGAAUUUGGAAUCUAAUAUCAAAUCUAAUCCGGGUAAAUUUUGGUCACAUGUUAACAAUUUAAAGAACUGUAAUGGUAUUCCCUCUCAGAUGUCAUACUCUAACAGUCUUUUAACAAAUCCUUACGAUAUUGUAAAUGCAUUUGCUGAACAUUUCUGCAGCAACUUCAAUCUAAACAAGGGUCCCACAACUAUCGCUGACGCUUAUUCAGAGGAUUCGUUUAGUAAUAAUAUUAUCUGUCCUAAUAUUUCUGAAUCUGAUGUACUGUGGGCUUUAAAGAAAAUUAAACCUAACUUUACAUCUGGUCAUGAUAGGAUUCCAGCUUUUCUACUAUGUGUGGAAAUUGUCUAUCAUCUCACCUAUCUUUAA